AUGGCUGGAAGAAAUGACGCUUCUAUUGUUGCUGCUUUGGAGUUUAUGAGAAAGUACUUUCCUAAGGAUGUUUGUGGGAAGAAGGAGAUUGGGUUUUUGGAGCUGAAGCAAGCUGAUAAAGGUAAACAAAGAGCUGUUGAUGGUAAGAGGCCGAGUGGGGGAGGUGCUCCUACUGCUCUUAAGUGCUAUAGGUGCGGCGAGUUGGGUCAUCGUGUCAGUGAAUGCAAGAGUGAUGUGAAGAAGUGUUACAAGUGUGAAAAGUCAGGGCAUCUGGUUGCUGAUUGCAAAGAGAAUGUGGUGACUUGCUAUAACUAUGGUGAACCAGGACAUAUCAACACUCAUUGCGCAAAGCUUAAGCAAGCUUUAAUUGGAGGAAAGGUGUUCGCUCUGAUGGGGACUCAAACUUCCAGUGAUGAUAGGUUGAUCAGAGGUAUAUGUUAUUUUAAUAUUACACCUUUGAUUGCUAUUAUUGAUACUGGUGCUACUCAGUCUUUUAUUGCUGCUGAAUGUGUGAAAAGGCUAGGCCUUGUUGUGUUUUCUAUGAGUGGAGAAAUGGUUAUCGAAACUCCUUCUAAGGGUUCGUUGACUACUACUUCAGUUUGUUUUAAUUGUCCUAUGAUAAUAUUUGAUAAAGAUUUUGGCAUUGAUCUUAUUUGCUUGCCAUUGGACAAUCUUGAUGUUAUCUUGGGGAUGAAGUGGUUGGAGUUCAAUCAUGUUCAUAUCCAUUGUUAUAACAAGUCGAUGCAGUUUCUUACUCCUGGUAGGGAGGAAAAAGCUAGUUUGUCGUAUACUAGAGAGUUGAAGAGAUUUUGGAAGAGGAAGCUCAAGUGUUUGCGCUGUUCGUGGCGUUAUCUGCUAAGAGUCAUAUGGUGA